CUUUUUAGGAAACUAUUAAUUACAGCCAAGGUUUUCUUUGCCAUAAAAAAAUCGGCAAAAAAAGCCAUAAAAGUUGGAGCGACGCGUUUUAAGAAUGCAGGGGUUUCUUAUCGUGAUUCUGCAAACGUGGAAAUCUCAUGUCUUGUGUCGGGUUUUCCCUGCAUGCAGAUGGCCCCUUAUUAAGCGAGGAUUUCCACAACGCUUUUCAAAGCAAGUCACGCCGUUCAUGUAAGCCAUUAUAGUAAGCGCUGAUCUAAAGAUUUGAGGUUCGAAUGUACGGCGUAUUCAAAGUUGGUCGUUCCACCCGAACCUCUACUUUUAUCUUCGCCGUGGUCAGCGUGUACGUCAUAUUAAUGUCACAAAUACUAACCCAAGCUUUCCCCACACCGAGGUGUGAACUUGUAACCAACUGGGAGGGAUGGGAAACGGCGCCCGGCAAAGUCCUUCGAUGUCCAACACCUAACUUUGUCACUGACCAACUUUUCCUGGUUAUUUGUUCGAAUCGAAAUUGCCGCAACCCGCAAACAAACGCGAAGAUACGCGGUUACUACAGCAAGCCUAUUAAACGCACCAUAAAGUUGCUUGAUAGACAUAACAAUUACAGAGAUAUUGAGAUUUCGGUUGGUUGUUUCUGUAAAAGACGUGUGUGACUUUACAUCGGUAGAAACCUUCGAAUAUUUC